CUUUGAUCAAACAUGUAUAUAGAUUACUGUUUCAACUUUUCAGCACCUGGAAGAAGAAAAAGAAGAGGGCAAGUAGGGAUUACUAAGCCAAAAGAGGGGAGGACCCAGGAACAGGUAAAGAAAGCCGAUCUUAGAAGUCAACAAAGGAGACGCAAGACAAUAAUCGACAACAUAAGGGAUUAUUGCAAAGAUUUCCCUAAUUUUGAACACGUAGUUAUAUUAAAGAACAGGAAUAAUACGUAUUUUUCCACUUCAGGAGCAUAUCAAGCUCAUAUCAAUACUAAAGAACCCAUUCCAACCUCUGGUCUAAGAAUCAAGGACAGUAAAAGUAGGACUACUAUAUCAACUUCUGGCGUAAAUGUAAACAUACCAGAUACCAUUGCACAGCUUUCUCCAACAACAGCCAACCAAAGUGAUUUUCUGCCUCCCCCAUCAACACCCAAUAUAACCGUUCAAA